AAAGGUUGAUGGUAACGUUGUACUUUUAAAACGUGGGCAUCCAGUCAUCUAUUGUUUCUCUAUAAAUGGCUCGUGAAUGGGGUAUUGUUUCGACAGCUCUCCAGGAAGGGAGACAUGAACUUGUGGUUUCUGGAAAGGAAAUUUCAGAAAUGAUCGAAACGGUGGGGCUUGACCAAAGGAUUUAUGAUCUAAAGAAGCUCAAUUUUCUGGAAAUUUCACAUACUUGUUUAGAAUUUCUGUCCGAUGAUAUAUCGAAGCUUUCAAAUCUUGCGCAACUAUGCCUUACAUCAAACAUGCUAGAAGCUGUCCCAUCUAGUCUUGGAUCUCUCCAUUGUUUACGAUCUUUGGACUUAUCCUUUAACAACAUUUCAAUGAUCCCCGACAUUUUCAACCAUUUGCCUAAUCUAUCUAGUCUUAUUUUAUCUGGUAAUAAAAUACAAAAUAUACCAUCUGUUCAAGGGUUAAAAUCACUACAUGAAUUCUCAGCUUCUAAGAAUCAAUUGACUUUACUUCCUGAAGGAAUCGAGUUGCUAACUAAUCUGGCAGUCUUGGAUGUUUCAUAUAAUAACAUUUCUAAUUUACCGAAGGAUUUGUUUAAUUUAUCAAGUCUCAAGAGUGCGAACUUCUCAGAAAACUCUUUAACUGAUUUUCCAGCCAAUAUUCAUCGUUGUCGCAAACUAAAUGUUUUAAAGAUUCAUGGAAACCCUUUUAAGGAUAAUCGGUUGAAAAGGCUUUCUGUCGAUGAACAUUCACCAACCGCGCUUUUAGCUUAUCUUCGUCGUUUGGACGAAACAGGAAGCAAAAAAGGAAGGAAAGUUAAUGACAAAAAUUCGUCACUGAAAAUUUCAACCGAACCUGAAGAAAUGAAUAAUUCCAUCACUCGACUACCGGAAGUUACGGGAAUUUCAAUACCGCAUAUUGUCAUUCAGCGCCCAAGUGACGACGAAGAAUAUCAAAUUAAUCAGACUCACUCAGUGAAAACUGGCCCACGUCCUUACAUCGUCGCCUGUACGGUUCAUGGUGUAGAAUUUCCUUCUGAAAGUAAACUGAAAGCUUUUCUACGAGCUCAAGAAAAUUGGCAUCGUGAUAUUGGCCAAAUGCGUCAUCAUGCAACUUUAGCUACUCAUGAUUUACAACUAAUCCGUUUUCCGCUUGUUUACACUUUAAAGGAAGCAAAAUCAUUUCUAAUUCAUCCGUUAAAUAGAUCUGUUAAUGGUACUGGUGAAACAUUUUUAAGACAAUUAGUUCAAGAAGCACAGUUAGAUAGAAAAUCUCGUAAACAAACAAAAUUUAGUCAAGUUUAUCGUUAUUUGAAUGUAUUGGAUAUUGAAAGUGCAAUAGCUUCAAAUGUAUUCAGUGAUGUGUUGGUUCCUAUUGUUGUGGAUAGUACACCAGUGGUUAUCUCAGUCCCUCCACUUACCAAUAGUCAUCACACACGUGUGGGUUAUUACUGUGGUUUUUACAUAUUGCUAAUAAAUAAUAACCUUGGUGAUUAUCAAAGUAAAAUUCAUUUUCUAUUAUAGCUAUAAUAAGUGUGUGUAAACAACGGUCGCUCACAUCGGGUAGCAUAAAUAUCUAGGUUAAACUUUGAUUAGUUCUACUCUGUUAUUUUCUACUCUGGCUCGUUUUAUCCUCAACAACUGUGCAGUAUCAUUGUUUUUUACACAGUGUUAGCUAAAACUGUCAUCAUUAACUUGUGUAGUAAGUUGCACAGAAUUACAUUCAAGUCGAUCCUAUCCGAAAUGUAUAAUAGGUAGUAAGGCUAAUUAGACUACAUAAAUAAUAUUAUUUCAAGGUAGAAAUACUGUUAUGAAGUAUUGUUUUAUGAACAGGUUUAUGGAUUGUUAAAAUGAAAGAAAUGCAUGUUAUUUGUUCGAUGAAAUUUGCUUGUAAAAGGCAACUAAGCGAUGUUUUCUCACAAUAGUGAAAUAUUAACGUCUAAGGUUUAUUCUUUCUCUUUGCAUGUACAAUAUUAUAUUAAUAAAAUUAUUCUUAGGGACCAUUGUAAAUUAGAGUUAUGAACCAGUCCACUUAUUAAAACUCAAGGUAUAUUGCUGAUUGAUAUAAUAUAUGCAUGUUGAGUCUAGAGAACCAUUAGCCAAUCAUAACUGACUUUUCGAAACAAUGCAUUAUAUCAUAAAUACUCAAACAACUGGAUCAAUAUAUUUUGUUGAGAUUUCUGCAGGUCAGAAACAUGUAAAAACUGUAAGCUAAUACAAUUUGGUGUUAUUAUUGUUAUAGAGUGAAAAUCUAAUUGUGAAUGCAACUAUUGUACUAAGUUAGAUGACCGGAAAUAAUCGUAACAUUGCUUCAAGUAACUUUUUCCUCACAGAUAAUAUCCCGAACCCAACAUUACUGCUUACGCGAUAAGACAAAUUCAUGAGGACAUUAAUAACCAAACAUAGCCAAUUAUUCCGUGUUCCUUUUAAUAUCGAACAGAGGAUCAUUAAGUUGUUACUGAAAAAAAGUUAACAUAAAUAUUACAGUAGCGUACUAUGCAUACAUUCUAUCCUUGUGUGUUAUUGUAAAUCGCCUGACUACCAUCUUCCGUAAAAAUGAUUUAAUUGAUUAGUAGGAUUCUUAAGUUAUUCAUAUCAUCUUUGUUUUCUAGGUUGUUGUUAUUGUUGUGAUUACUUCUAUUAGGCAGAAAUAGAUCAUGCUUAGACUCAUUUUGUGUUGUCGCUUGUUAUACUUCCUACUCAAUUUUCUUUUAUAUUUAUAGUUAACUGUAGACACACAUAAUAUACUGAUUGAAGUUUCUGGAAUCAAUUUACCUUUAUGCAAACAAUUUGCUGAAGUAGUCAUCGCUUGGUUAUUAGAAAAUGCUUGUCCACAAUCAAAGGCAAAUAAAUCCAGUGACAAACCAAAUACCGGGGAAGUUAAUACAACAGAACAAUCACAGCUUGUUGACGAAAUGGAUAAAAGGUUAACACUGAAGUCGAUUGUCGUUCCACCUAACUCUCUUGUGGUACGCCCAAUCCGUGUUGUCGAUGUUGAUUUCGAUUACAAUCUAUGUGUCAUGUUUCCAUCACGAUCGGAUUUAACUGAUGCAAAGUUUAAUACCAUUCGUUAGAUAUAUUAUUUUUAUUACUCAUAUGUUAUCAGAAACGAAUUUAUAUCUAUACAGAUACUUAACAGAGUGGAAUAAUUAUUUUUAACUUUUAUUCAUUAUUGAUAAUAAGUUUUCUCGUUUAGAGAUCCCCAUCAUAUUAAGAGAUUAAUUAUAUUAGUCUUUUAAUAAGUUUUCUGUUUAUGACACGUUUCUUUUAUCACCAUUAACCGUCAUCUUCGUUAUUGUUACUGGAUCAUGUUUCUCAUUUAAAAGCAAUAAACAUGUUUUAAUGUAUGUCUGUUUGUGAUUUUGUAAAUUUGAUUCUUUAUUCUAUUCAUAACGUCUUUAUUAUGGUUAGGGAGACAUUAUAAUGACUUUUCUUCAUAUGGAAUUUGGGGAAUCGAAAAAAAUAAAAUAAACUGUUGGUUUAUCACUU